GCGGGCGCCGCGCGCUUAUUCGGCGGGGAGCAGCGCGGCCAGCCGCCGGCCGCCGCUGCGGGAUGCUGCGCUCCACGUCCACCGUCACUCUGCUCUCGGGCGGCGGCGCCAGGGCGUCCGGGGCGCCCAGCAGGAGGACAAAUGUCUGCAGACUGCGGCUGACCAUACCUCCCGAGAGUCCAACCUCAGAGUCAGGUGAAAAGAAGGUUGAAAGAAAAGAACAACACCCUGACCUAAGCAAUGGGGAGCCAACCAGGAAACUUCCUCAGGGUGUUGUCUACGGCGUGGUGCGGAGAUCGGAUCCAAAUGAGCAGAAAGAAAUGGUGGUGUAUGGGUGGUCCACCAACCAGCUGAAAGAAGAGAUGAACUACAUCAGAGACGUGAGAGCCACUUUGGAAAAAGUAAGGAAGCGAAUGUAUGGAGACUAUGACGAAAUGAGACAGAAGAUUCGACAGCUCACCCAGGAAUUGUCAGCUUCCCAGGCUCGGCAGGAGUAUCUCGAGAAUCACAUCCAGACACAGUCGUCGGCCCUGGACAGUUUUAAUGCCACGAACUCAGCCUUAACGUCAGACUCCAUUGGCCUGCAGAAAACCCUGGUGGAUGUUACUUUGGAAAAUAGCAGCAUUAAGGAUCAAAUGAGAGAUCUGCAGCAGACCUACAAAGCAUCCAUGGGCCAGCUGCAGGAAAAGCAGAGGCAGCUGGAGGUGGCGCAAGUUGAAAACCAGCUGCUGAAAAUGAAGGUGCAAUCCUCCCAGGAAGCCAACGCUGAGGUGAUGAGGGAGAUGACCAAGAGGCUGUACAACUGGUACGAAGAAAAGCUGCAGGAAGAGCGGCAGAACCACAGCGCCGAGAAGGAGGCUCUCCUGGAAGAAACCAAGAAUUUUCUGAAAGCUAUUGAAGAAGCCAAUAAAAAGAUGGAAGCGGCGGAGAUCAGCCUCGAGGAGAAGGACCAGAGGAUCGGAGAGCUGGACAGGCUGAUUGAGCGCAUGGAAAAGGAACGUCAUCAGCUGCAACUCCAGCUCCUGGACCAUGAAACAGAAAUGUCAGGGGAGAUAAUGGAUUCUGACAAGGAAAGGUAUCAGCAGCUGGAGGAGGCGUCUGCCAGCCUCCGGGAGCGGAUCCGGCACCUCGACGACAUGGUGCAUUGCCAGCAGAAGAAAGUCAAGCAGAUGGUUGAGGAGAUUGAAUCAUUAAAGAAAAAGGUGCAGCAGAAACAGCUCUUAAUAUUGCAGCUUUUAGAAAAGAUCUCGUUCUUAGAAGGAGAGAAUAAUGAACUACAAAGCAGGUUGGACUAUUUAACAGAAACCCAGGCCAAGCCUGAGGUGGAGACCAGAGAGAUUGGAGUCGGCUGCGAUCUUCUCCCCAGCCCAACAGGUAGGACGCGUGAAAUCUCAAUGCCUUCCAGGAACUAUACCCCAUACACACGGGUCCUGGAGUUAACCAUGAAGAAAACACUGACUUAGGCACCUGGAGACACACACUUUGUACAGAUGGACAAAAGCCCUAGAACCAUGCGUCUCGAGGUCUGGGAAGGGUGACUACUGCUUCCUCCUAUGUAAGUUUCAGCCAGAAAGGAGACUGCUGAGGUUCUGAUCUACUUCUAAAACAUGAAGGAAAAGUGAGGUGGAAGGGGAGGGCAGGAGAGAGAGCUUUCAAGGUCAUAUUUCAAACACCCAACCAUGCUUUACUGGGCCAUCGUUAGCUUUCCGAGUAGACACUGAAAUUCUGUCAGGAGAAUUCCCUCACAAUUUAUUUUCUGGUUUAUGAGCCUUUGGUUGGGAGGAAAAAGGGCAUUAAUUUGAAAUUUCAUGUUAUUCACACCAGGAUCAUUUGUUACAGUAUGAAGGUUUUAUUCACCCAUAAAAGUAUUAGAGGCGGUGUUUCUCUGGUGCCCAGAAGCCUGUCCACAGGCACAGGGGCACCUGGGGAGACCUGACCCUGCCAGGGAAGGGUGCUCUCUCCUCUUGGUGGCCAGGAUCUGUGUGGGGUUGUGGGAGCCACGGGUGGAGACUGGCCUCUUGCAGGCACAAGUGCCUCAUUCUGAUGUGCUAAUCCCUUGGUUUAAUUUGUGCCUUAUGCCUUCAUGGGGCUCACUGAAAUCAGUGUGUUUAUUUCACCUGUGAUUCUUCUUUUUCCCUUUCUCACUUUAACUGAAUUUUGUAUGUUGUGGACAUGUAAUCAUUUCAUGUUUUCAGUAUCAAUUGGUGUUUUUGUUAAAUGAAUAAUUUGUUCAUGCAUGCUCUACUUUGAUAUUAGAACCUGUGUCACACGUUUAAUAAAUGCCAUAUAUUUUGUU